CACACGUAUACAUAGAGAGAGAGAGAAUGAAUAUGUGAGUGCAUAUAUAUGUAUGGUUAUAUAUUUAUUGUCUUUUGAGAGCGGACGUCAGAAUUUUCAUUUUUUAAAUGUGUGCCAGUGUGUUCACAGAAAAAAGUGGCAAUAAAGAUUAACAAAUAUUGCAGCCCUCCAGCCUCCCUGGAGCGCCACUUGGGAGCCUUGAAGCCGCUCCAAGCUGGAAGAUGGCUGAGUUGGGGGAGUUGCUGUGUUGGAUCUGCCCAACAGCCCCUCCGAUAUGAAUGAAAAAUACCCUCAUUCAUGAAUCUUUUGUGUUCAUAGUGGCUCUAAGGGAUGGCUUGAAAGACAGGAGAUUCUCAACAAGGAAGGAAGUUUCCAAUACAGUGAUGUUUAUGGAGAUUUUUGGUCAUCCAAGUCACGGUUGUCCCAAAGGUUAGGAAUACUAGGCAGCUGGUGCCUCAACAAGAGUCAAGCAAUAAAGAUGUUAAAUUCUUCCUUACAAUUUUUAUGAAAUUCUGGUCUUGAAAAUAAAAGAAUAAAAUUCCAGUCCUGAGAACAAAAGAAGCUUGAAAGACUUACACUCUGAGUUGCAGCUGAGCCCAGAGGGAAAAUGAUCCAAGGAAAAGCAGCUUGGGAAGAACUGGCAGUUUGUGAUUCUCUUCAUAUGGAAAACAGUGCAGUAAUCCAAGGAAAGGCAGGACUGAAGAUCCAGAAUGAAGAAACAGUCAUUUUCUGUGCAAAGAGACAGCCCUUCAGGGAGUUCCAUUACCAAGAUGCUGAGGGUCCCCGAGGACUCUGCAGCCGCCUGCAUCACUUUUGCCAUCAAUGGCUGAAGCCAGAAAAGCACACAAAAGCCCAGAUGCUGGACAUGGUGGUGCUGGAGCAAUUCCUAGCCAUCAUGCCACCGGAGAUGGGGAACUGGGUGCGGGAAUGCAAAGCCGAGACCAGUUCCCAGGCAGUGGCUCUGGCUGAAGGUUUCCUUCUGAGCCAGGCAGAGAAGAAGGAACAAGGAGAAAUGCAGCUGCAGCUGGAGACAUCCUUCCUGGAGUUAAUCACAGAGGUUCCUGAGGCAAGAAAGGAUCCAGUCAAUCUUUGUCAGAACAAUUUCCAUGGGCAAAUCUCUCCAAAGGAUCUAAAUCAGGACUUGUCUCCAGUUGCAGAGGACAGAGUCAUAUACCAGCUGGUGGUAGAAAAAACAUCUCUUUCUAAUGAAGCAGAAACCAAUGUUGGGCUUCCAGGGCAGGGUCCCAUAUCCUUCAAGGAGUUGUUUGUCUUCUUUACGAAGGAGGAGUGGGACCUGCUGGAUCCCAAAGAGAAAGCUUUGCAUGGAGAAGUCAUGCUGGAGACAUCUUGGAAUGUAGCUUCUCUGUGCAAUGAGAAGAAGAUUUACCAGGAACCAGAAGACACACUUUUACAGGUUUUUAAGGUUGAAGUGGGAGAAGAAACCUUCUCAAAUCAUUGGCAACCAAAAAGUGAAGAUGGAAUCCAAUUAAAUAAUCAACAGGAAAUGAACCAUCCCCCUUUAUGUCUGGAAAUCUAUGAUUUGCUGACCCAAGAUGAUCUUAAUAGAGAGAGGAUGGGGCAGUAUUUAGGCUUUGAUAAAAUAUUUGAAGAACAAUCAAACUUCUCUCACCCAUGUGAAUGGACACAGGAAAGGAACAGGUAUGGUCAGAAUUCCCCAUCUUAUUGGGGGGAUGAGAUGGAGAAAAAAACAUUAGAAUGUAAGGAUUGUGAAAACAACUACCUCCGCAAACCUAUUUCCCAUAAAAAGAAUCACUUUGAAGAGAAUCCAUACAAAUGUAUCAUUUGUGGAAGGAACUUUGCAAGGAAUGAUAAAUUUAUCACCCAUUUAAGGAUUCAUACAGGGGAGAAACCAUAUAAAUGCACAGAGUGUGGAAAGAGUUUCACAAGGAACGAUAAACUUAUUGCCCACAUUAGAGUUCAUACAGGGGAGAAGCCAUAUAAAUGCACAGAGUGUGAAAAGAGCUUCACAAGGAAUGAUAAGCUUGUCAACCAUAUCAGAAUCCACACAGGGGAGAAACCUUAUGAAUGCUUGGAGUGUGGAAAGAGAUUCACAAAGAGUACAGAUCUUACUUCCCAUAAAAGGAUCCACACAGGGGAGAGACCCUACAAAUGCACAGAGUGUGGAAAGAGCUACAGUCACUCUAGUAAUCUGAGCACCCAUAAGAGUAUCCACAAAAAGGAGAAACCACAUAAAUGCACGGAUUGUGGAAAGAGCUUCAUAAGGAGCACAGAUCUUACUUCCCAUAAAAGGAUCCACACAGGAGAGAAACCACAUCAGUGCAUGGAGUGCAGUAAGAGCUUCACUCACUACAAUACGCUUACUUCCCAUAAAACCAUCCAUACAGGGGAGAAAUCAUAUAAAUGUAUGGAAUGUGGAAAGAGCUUCAGGACAAACAGUUCCCUAACUUCCCACAAAAGGAUCCACACAGGUGAGAAGCCAUAUAAAUGCAUGGAGUGUGGAAGUAGCUUCAGGACAAGCAGUUAUCUUACUUCCCAUAAAAGAAUCCACACAGGAGAAAAACCCUAUCAAUGCCCGGAUUGUGGAAAGAGCUUCAAUCUUUCUAGCACCUUUGCUUUCCAUAAAGCGGUCCAUACAGGGGAAAAACCCUAUCAGUGCAUGGACUGUGGAAAGAGCUUCAAUCAUCCUAGCACCCUCACUUCCCACAAAAGGACCCACACAGGAGAGAAACCCUAUCAAUGCACAGAGUGUGGAAAGAGUUUCAGUCACCCUAGCACCCUCACUUCCCACAAAAGGAUCCACACAGGAGAGAAACCUUAUCAAUGUGUAGAGUGUGGAAAGACUUUCAAUCACUCCAGCAAUCUUGCUUCCCAUAAAAGGAUCCACACAGGGCAACGAAAAUAUAAGUGCCUAGCAUGUGGAAAGGGUUUCACUCAGAGUUCUCACCUUAUUUCCCAUCAAAAAAUCCACAGUGAAGAUUAACUAUACAAAUGCAUAAAUGGCGGUAAGAGCUUUCAUUUUUGGGGUCUGAUCUGAUCACCCAUGAAGGAAAUGGCAAGGAAAAUUAACUGGAGUGUGUGAUGAUUCAUUUUAGUUUCCCUCAAAAAGGAGAUAUCUGCAUAUAUUCGCUUCUGAUUUUCUUAUCUGAUCGCACCUGGCUUUUGAGGAUGAACAAUAUCCUAUGUUUCAAAUAGUGGUUGUGCUCAAGAGGAAAUCAAAAUUUGAUUUUUCAAGCAGUAUGAACAUCAGCAUAUUAAGAAUAUACAUUUUCUCUUUAGUAUUUUUAAUGAUUUUUCAUGUUAAGUAUUACAAGUGAAUUUUGAGAGCCACAUUCAAAUUUUUCAAGGGCCCACUGGGAUCCUUCUCUGCCUAUGAGAGUGCAGUUUACUCUGAGCUCUCAGAUGAUAGGUUUGAUUCUGGUUUGAAUUUUUUUUUUCUCCCAAAUGAUGUACCCAUUACCUUAUACAUACUAUUUUAAUGAAAGAUGUUAUUAAAUGUAAAUAAAAACCUAACAGAAACUAAUAUAAAGUAAAAAAAAUAGAAAAAUCAAAGAGAAAGUUAAAAGUGCAAGAACAAAAGAAAAAUUGAAAAAUGAGACAUAGAAGACGUUUCCUCUUUUUUCCUCCCUUUUCACUCUCCUUCCCUUCUUCCUAUCAUGCUGGAUGCUGACAGGUGGGGGGCAGGAUGCGAGUGGCCAAGUGCGAAGGGACUGGAACAGGGUGUCUCAUUUUUCCAUUGAACUCGCUGCAAGUUUCCCAUAAUAACUUUGCUAAUGGAAAGGUGACAAGGAGCAUCAGCUAUCAUAUCAGCUACUACCAAGCUCCCUGUGGACUCGUGGGAAGCUGUCGGGGAAUAUUGAAAAGGAAGAUCAUGUCACUGCAGCUGACCAUGGUAGCACUGAAAAGCAGUGCAGUGGCACUGAAAUGACAGAUUUCCCCUCAAAUUUAAUUCCCUUGGAAGUAAUGGGUCUUGACAUUCUGUAAAUUAGCCCAUAUGAGAAACCAUUGUUGACAAAGCUUUGGCCUAUGACGCAGCGUAUCACCCAGUUGUGUUUUGCCAUUUCAGGUGUGGCUCGGUAUGAAUAACAACAGUCCAGGUAUUUGCCUUGAUAUACUUUUACACGUUUAUUCAGCUGAAUAAAGACAGGUCCCUCUAAGGAAGAGGGAACCCUGAACACAUUUUGACACUCAUAUUUCUAUGUUUGCUACAUUGUCCAUUUCUCCACCCAGAACCAUUGGCACACUCCACCCAGACAAGUUGGCAGACUUUAGAUAAGCUAAAGAAGUACAAAAAUAGUCAUUUGCCUCCCUUGAAGGUUUUCCAAGGACAUUAGGUGUUAUCUCAGGUGUUUCCCAAGGAAUUUCCCAUGACCUUGAAGGCCUGCAAAGGCAAUGAUGAUAUAGUCACAUAUGCUCCUUCACGGCUGUCAACAGAGACACUAGAUUCCUGGUCAACAGUUGAAGGUUACAAAGUAUCAGAUGUGAGAGUUUUAGUAAUAUACUAGACUGUUAAAGUCCGUGUGAUGGCUCAGCAGUUAAAGAUACCAAGCUGAUAGCCAGGGUUUGAGACCUGAACGUUGCAUGAUGGGAUGAGCUCCCACUGAUUGCCCCACCUCCUGCCCACCUAGCAGUUUGAAAGCAUGCAAAUGUGAGUAGAUUAAUAGGUACCACUGAAGUGGGAAGGUAAAAGCAUUCCAUGUGCUUUUGGCAUAUAGCCAUGCUGGCCACAUGACCAUGAAAAUGUCAACGCUGCAAAUAUUGUAUAUUCUUGCUUUUGACAAUAUGCAGAACUGUCUGGUAUGUAUGGGGUUAAUACAGAGCAGAAGGG